AUGGGGAACCGCAGCGCCGCGGACGCGGACGGGCUGCUGGCUGGGCGCGGGCCCGGCACGGGCGGCGGCGCGGGGGGCCCCGGGGCGGCGGCGGCGCUGGCGGGGGGCGUGCUGCUCAUCGGCGCGGUGCUCGCAGGGAACUCGCUCGUGUGCGUGAGCGUGGCGGCCGAGCGCGCCCUGCAGACGCCCACCAACUACUUCAUCUUGAGCCUGGCGGCCGCCGACCUCCUCCUCGCCCUGCUCGUGCUGCCUCUCUUCGUCUACUCCGAGGUCCAGGGCGGCGUGUGGCUGCUGAGCCCUGGCCUCUGCGACGCGCUCAUGGCCAUGGACGUCAUGCUGUGCACGGCCUCCAUCUUCAAUUUGUGCGCCAUCAGCGUGGACAGGUUCGUGGCGGUGGCCGUGCCGCUGCACUACAACCGCCAGAGCCGCGGUGGCCGGCAGCUGCUGCUCAUCGGCGCCACGUGGCUGCUGUCGGCAGCGGUGGCGGCACCCGUGUUGUGCGGCCUCAACGACGCGCGCAGCCGCGAUCCCUCCGUGUGCCGCCUGGAGGACCGCGACUACGUGGUCUACUCGUCCGUGUGCUCCUUCUUCCUGCCCUGCCCGCUCAUGCUGCUGCUCUACUGGGCCACGUUCCGGGGCCUUCGGCGCUGGGAGGCAGCCCGCCGCGCCAAGUUGCACGGCCGUGCGCCCCGCCGCCCCAGCGGCCCCGGCCCGCCGCCCCCCGACGGCAUCCCGGCCCCCGAUGUCGCCGUGCCCCCGGAUGCCAUCCCGGCCCCAGACUGCAUCCCGCCCCACGACGCCAUCCCGGGCCCCGACGCAACCCCGCCCCCCGACGCCAUCCCGGGCCCCGACGCAACCCCGCCCCCCGACGCCACCCCGCCCCCCGACGCCACCCCAGCCUCGGAUGCCGUCUUGCCCUCGGACGCCAUGCCGGCCGAACCCCCGCUGCGGGCCCGCAGGAGGAGACGCGCCAAGAUCUCGGGCCGGGAGCGCAAAGCUAUGAGAGUCCUGCCUGUGGUGGUCGGGGCCUUUCUGCUGUGCUGGACGCCCUUCUUUGUCGUGCACAUCUCCCGGGCGCUGUGUCCCACGUGCGCCGUGCCCCCGCGGCUGGUGAGCGCGGUCACCUGGCUGGGCUACGUCAACAGCGCCCUCAACCCCGUCAUCUACACCGUCUUCAACACCGAGUUCCGGACCGUCUUCCGCAAGGCUCUGCGCCUCUGCUACUGAGCAGACCGCUGGCACCGCAGCCCCUCUUCAGCACCCCGCCUCGCCUGGGGGUUUGUAGGAGUUAUUAAACAGAUCCCCAACA